CUUUCUAGAAAGUUAUAAACAGUUUGCUGUAAAACCCAAUAAACAAAACACACAAACACAACAAUGGUCGAUUACAGCAAGUGGAAGGAUAUUGAGAUAUCAGAUGAUGAAGAUGAAACUCACCCAAACAUUGAUACGCCGUCGUUAUUUAGAUGGCGUCAUCAAGCCAGAGUCGAAAGAAUGGAAGAAAGAAAAAAGGAAAAACAAGAACAUGAACAACGUAAGGCUGAGAAUAUUAGGAAACUUAAUGAAACCAAAAAGAAGAUAAAUGAAGUGGCACCUGACAGCUCAGAUAUGGAUUCACUGAAAAAAGCCCUUGCUGACUUAGAAAAUGAGCAAAAGGAGAUACAGAAGAAAGAAGACGAAUUAAGAAAGAAAGAAAAAACGACUCCAUGGAAUGUGGACACAAUAAGUGAACCAGGGUUUACUAAAACAGUAAUUAAUACAAAACCCGCUAGGCCUAGAGAUGAGAAUUUGACUGAAGAAGAGAAGGAAGCAAAGAUGAAGAAAUUCAUAAAUGAAAAUGAAAAACUUCUUAAGAAAUUUGGUAUGUUAAGAAAAUAUGAUGACUCCAAACAAUUUCUCCAAGAGCACAACCAGCUUGUGUGUGAAGAAACAGCUAAUUAUUUGGUUAUUUGGUGUAUCAAUUUGGAAAUGGAGGGAAAACAUGAGCUAAUGUCCCAUGUAGCCCAUCAAACUAUCUGUAUGCAGUACAUGCUUGAACUAUCAAAGCAAUUGGAUGUGGAUCCCCGUGCAUGUAUUGGGUCAUUCUUCUCAAGAAUUCAAGUAGCAGAAAAGACAUACAAAGACUCCUUUGAUGAUGAGCUUGAACAAUUUAAGAAGAGGAUUCAAAAGAGAGCGCAAGAGAAGAUACAAGAGGCUAUCAAAGAGCAGGAGGAGGAGGAGAGACAAGCCAGACUGGGGCCAGGUGGUCUGGAUCCUGUGGAAGUUUAUGAGGAGCUGCCUGAUGAAUUGAAGAAAUGCUUUGAUGCUCAAGACGUCCCAAUGCUUCAAGCAACUAUAGCGAAAAUGCCAGAACAAGAAGCUAUUUAUUAUAUGAAGAGGUGUGUGGACUCCGGCCUAUGGGUGCCAGGAAAGAAUGAUGAAGAACCUACUAUGAAAGAUAAUAGCGGACAGCCUUCUUCUGAAAAAGAUGUAGUGCCUUCUAUCAGUGCUGAAGAAUUAGAUUAAGUUCUCUGAUACCUUGUACAUAAUUUAAGCCACAUGGCAUUUGCAUUUUAUAUUUUUUGCAGUAUAAUUGAAAUAAAUAUCUAGUAUUAUUUCAUUGUUUUCCACCUAACCUUCAGUGGAUGUUGUGUACAGAACAAUGCUUAUUAUUAACCCAAUAUAUGCUGGAGAUUA